AUGAGCCAAGCCAACAACGACCUCACGCCGAUCACCGUCAAGAAGAUUGCUUGCAUUGGGGCUGGCUACGUCGGGGGACCGACCUGUUCAGUGAUCGCCUACAAAUGUCCUCACAUCCAAGUCACCAUCGUGGAUGUCAAUCCAGACCGAAUUAACCAAUGGAAUUCGGACUCCUUACCGAUAUUUGAACCCGGAUUGGAAGAGAUCAUCCUCAAAUGUCGUGGGAAGAACUUGUUCUUUGACACUGAUAUCGACAAAGCUAUCAAGGAGGCCGAUCUGAUCUUUGUCUCAGUCAACACUCCCACCAAACAAUCUGGAAUAGGUUCCGGGUAUGCUGCAGACCUGAGUUAUGUCGAGCUUUGUACCCGACGAAUCGCAACAGUCGCAGCAACCUCGAAGAUCGUCGUAGAGAAAUCCACGGUGCCCUGCCGGACGGCGGAAUCGAUGCGAAAGAUCCUCGAAUCCAACUCCAAACCGAACCUGAACAUCACCUUUGACAUCCUCUCGAAUCCCGAAUUCUUGGCCGAAGGAACGGCCGUCAAAGAUCUCCUCAACCCUGAUCGGGUCUUGAUCGGCUCCUUAGGUACCCCCUCUGGUAAACGUGCUCAGGCCGCCCUCGUUGAUGUCUACGCAAAUUGGGUGCCCAAAGAGAAGUGUGUGACCACUGGACUUUGGUCUUCCGAGCUCACUAAAUUGGCGGCUAAUGCGUUACUAGCCCAGAGAAUCUCAUCGAUCAACUCUCUCUCAGCAAUCUGUGAAGUCACGGGUGCUGAUAUCGAUGAAGUGGCUUAUGCCUGUGGAUUGGACGGUCGAAUUGGGAACAAGUUUUUGAAAGCCUCCGUCGGAUUUGGCGGGAGUUGUUUCCAAAAAGAUAUCUUAAAUCUCGUCUAUCUCUCCGAGUCUCUCCACCUCCAAGAUGUGGCUGAUUACUGGCGCCAAGUGAUUAUCAUGAACGAGUCUCAAAAACGUCGGUUUACCACCAAAGUCGUCAAGGAGUUAUUCAACACUAUCCGGGGCAAGAAAAUCACUGUUCUUGGCUUUGCGUUCAAAAAGGACACUGGCGAUACACGAUGUUCAGCCUCGAUCACACUGAUCAAGCAGUUCAGGGAGGAGGGGGCCCAGAUCUCGAUCUAUGACCCUAAGGUCAAGGAGAAUCAAUACUGGCUCGACUUGGUCAAUCCUCAAGUACCCGGGGAUGAUGAAGCAGCUCGAAAACAGAUCACGAUUUGUAAGUCUGCCGAAGAAGCUUGUCUUGGCGCGUCUGGAAUAGUUGUGGCUACCGAGUGGGAUGAAUUCAAGAAUUUGGAUUGGAAGAAGAUCUACGAGACUGUUGAUAAACCGGCGUCGAUCUUUGAUGGUCGAUUGAUCUUGGACGAAAAGGCUCUAAAGCAGAUCGGCUUCAAAGUGUUUGUGAUCGGUAAAGGCGAGGAAUUAAAAUGA